AUGGAAGUGUUUCAUGAAAGACUUUUAUGUUUUAGAGAGAAAAUGAAAGAAAAAGGAAUUACCCAUUAUUUUUCUAAAUUAUCUGAUCCCCAUAUGACUGAAUAUGUUCAUCCAUAUUAUAAACAUAUUGAAUGGUUAUGUGGGUUUACUGGAUCAAAUGCAACUAUUGUUGUAAGUCAUGACGUAGCAGCUUUAUGGACAGACUCUCGGUACUAUAUUCAAGCUGAAAAGGAAUUACCAAAAGAAUGGACAUUAAUGAGACAAAGUGAUUUAGAUACAAUCACACCUACUCAAUUUAUUUUAAAUGAUGGAAACGAACUUCUCAUCGGAUUUAAUCCAUUAAUUACUUCUUUCCCAAUGCUUGGUCGGUUCUUUGAUAAUGGUAAUAAUAAGUUGUUAGAGUUUGAUAUUUUUAAUGAACUUCAACAACAAAAAUUAGCAUUUUCAAAAGUAGAAGAGUUUACCGCUUCUGGUUUAACAGUUAAAGAAAAACUAGAAUUAGUUAGAAAAGAAUAUCAUUUAGGUACAUUAAUAUUAACUGCAUUAGAUGAUAUUGCAUGGUUAUUUAAUAUUAGAGGAACUGAUAUUCCUUUUUCACCUGUUGCAUAUGCAUAUGCUAUCUUAAAUCCUAAUGGAUCUUUCUUGUUUACCGGAAAUGAACUUGAGAUAAAAGAAAUUCAAGAAUUUAAACAAUUAAAAGAGGCAGGUGUAAUUGUAUUACCUUAUAAUAGCUUCUUUCAGUUAUUAGAAAAAUUUAUGUUUGGACCAACUAUUUAUUAUUCAGAGCUAUUUACUAAUCUUGAACUAUUAGAACGUAUUUAUGAUUAUGAAGAAGGUGCAGAAUUAGUACAGAAAUUGGACUAUAUCCAAAUAACAAAAUCUAUUCGUUCACCUAAAGAAAUUGAAAAUAUGAAACGACUUCACAUAAUCGAUAGUAUUGCUCUUUGUAAGUUCUUUGCAACAAUGGAAAGUAAAAAAGGUACUCAAAUGACUGAGUGGGAUGCUUGUGAAUUAUUAGAAGAAGUAAGAAGUAAGAAUUAUCAUUUGUAUAAUGGUCCAAGUUUUGAGUCAAUAAUUGCUACUGGUGCUAAUGCUGCUAUAGUUCACUACGAACCAACAAAAGAAAAAAGUAGUAUUAUUGAUUGGAAUAAAUCAUUAUUAUGUGAUAUUGGUUCUCAAUAUAAAGAGGGAUGUACUACUGAUGUAACAAGAACUGUCCAUUAUGGAGAACCUGAUUCUAAAGUGAAAGAAUGUUAUACUAGAGUUUUACAAGGACAUAUUGAUCUUCAUAAUAAAAUCUUUACAAAAGAUACUAAAAUAAAAGAUUUAGACCAUUUUGCACGAGACCCAAUUAUUGCAGGAAAUCCUCAAUGGGAUUAUAGACAUGGAACAGGACAUGGGGUUGGAUAUUAUUUACUUGUUCAUGAAUGUCCACCUCAUUUUAGAAAUGAUUUUCCAUUUCAAGUUGGUAUGACAACAAGUAUUGAACCAGGAAUUUAUAUUGAAAAUGAAUUUGGAAUAAGAAUUGAAAAUGUAGUUGUUGUUGUUGAAGAAGAUCAAAACCAUUUAAAAUUUGAACCUUUUACAUUAGUUCCUUAUUGUAGUCGAUUAAUAGACAUUUCAUUAUUAACAAAAGAAGAAAAAAUAUGGUUAAAUAAAUUUAAUGCUUCUAUUAGAUCAAAAAUUUUACCUCAAAUCAAAGAUGAAUUAACUCAAAAAUGGAUUAUUGAAAAUACUCCAACUUACUAA